AUGGGUUCCUCUCCUGGCCAUUUAACAGAAUUAGAUAGGGAAGAGGAAAAUAUCUACCUAUUUCAAGGGUGAUAUUCCUCUGAAGAAGAGAAGGACCCUUGGGGGCCUGAGCUAUUAAUUCAUCUUAAAAGUCUUGCCUGGCAAAUUAAGAGUUUUUUAAAAUACAAGUGGAGACCUUUGAGUCCUAAUUCUUGGUUAUAUCAUGCUGAACUGUUAGAUCCAAGCACCCCAGUCUGUACCCUUCGAGAGAUAGCUCUAAGACUUUCCUAUUGCUCCAGUUGUCUUCCCAAAUUUGAAUCAGCUCCAGAAUGGCCCCCUUUGGCUUCUUGUGGUGUCCCACCUUUUCAAAAGCUCCUUACCAGUCCUAGUUGGCUUUCUAGAGAACAUGUAUCUCUAAACAGUGCACUACAAUUUGCCACAAAACAGUUAAACAGAACAUUGAGCAGGGCUAGACCCAUGCCUGAAUUUCUAAAACAGAUCCCAGGUAAUUGUGUCUCUGGUUGUUGCUGUGACUGGUUAACUAAAACAGUUAAGGAAGCAACUCGCAUUGAACCCAUGAAUACUACUUACUCUUACACUGACUUCCAAAAGGCAGUUAACAGACUACUUACUAAAUUACUGUAG